GUCUUGCACAAUAUAUACGUAUGAUCUGCAACUGACAAUGAGACACGGGAGAUUGUUAGUUAACAUACGGUAACGAUUCUACGGGGGAGUCGUGAUAUUCCAUGGAAAGUCUGAAUGCUCCUCCGAAGGAACUUGGACGUGUUAUCAUUGUUACCAUUGUCUUUUAUCGUGAUAGAUAAUGUGCGACACCCGAAAGGUUGAGAACCUCUCAUUUUUGAAACGUACUGCGAACAGAUAAAUAAUGACCGAGUACUUCGACUUACCGAUUAACAUGGACAGAAUAUGCAGGAUCUGCCUUACGGAGAGUGCGAACUUGUCAUCUAUUUUUUGUACAAACCAACAAGUAAACGAUUAUUCUAGUCUCUCGCAAAAGAUACAAGUCUGCGGGUCUGUAGAGAUCCACGAGCAAGACGGAUUGCCUUCACUGAUCUGCGACGUUUGCGUUUACAAGGCGACGGUCGCUUAUGAAUUCAGACAACAGUGUCAACAUUCCGAUGCGAAACUGCGAAUGUACUUCAAUAAACCAGCCAAAACUGAGAUCGUGGUAAAUGACGAACCCGUUCCGAGUAAACGGAUCGAUAUUAAACGGAUUGAAAUAUUUCAGGACACGUGUACGCAGACAGAGUCGAAGUUGAGUACACUGUUACCGAAAAAGCAGAUCAGUCAGGAGGACUAUUUUGUUAAAGAAGAGAUGCGAGUAGUCUCGAAUCCUCAGGAGUUCAUUCAGAACAAUGACGCGUAUUGCAGAGACGAAUCUGGUCUGAACGCCAGCCAGAUUGACAUCCAAGAUAAGCUUUUUAUCUGUUCGUUGCGAUUCGAGGGAGCUAAAGAGAUAGAGAAGGAACCUUGCACCUCUGAGAGCAAUCUACACGAAGCGGCUCUGACCCAAGAAAGCAAUAACGAUAUCCCUGAGACUAUGAACAUAGAGAAGCUCGACGAGAGUCAGGAGAUUUGUCCGAACUCCGAGGAGGACGAGAAGAAACAGGACGAGUUCUUCAACGAGAACAUGUUGAACGUAAAUAUGAAAGAGGACGAGAUAACGCAGAAGCGUACGUCCAGCAGGAAAGUAAAAUCAGUGCCUAAUAAAACUUACAGCGAGGACGAGGUCGACGAUAAUUAUUACGAGUCUAGUAACGACGGUCAGGACCCUUUAGAAUCGAAAUUCAAAUGCGACGUGUGCUCCAAGUGUUAUAACACACAACGGGGCUUGAAGAAACAUUCCCUCGUGCACGACAGGAAGCACAAGUGCAACGUUUGCUCGAAGACGUUCUACAAACUGGAGAACAUGGAGAACCAUAAAAGGGUGCACGCGGCGAAGCCGCUCGCCUGCCAAUUGUGCCACGCGUGCUUCUCGAAGCCACAGAGGCUCGUGAAACAUUUGAAAUCUCACACGGAAAAGGUGAACGACAUGAUUAAACAAAUCAGCACGGACGAGCAGAAGGACAACGGUAAGGAGGAGAAGAAGGAGAUGAAACUCGAGGACGACACGGACGACGAGAGCAACACCGUGAACGAGGUCUACGAUUUCGAGAACGCACCUGAACUGUACAAAUGCGAGAUAUGCAGUCAAUAUUGUUCGUCGUUGAAGAACUUGAAGCGGCACACUCUGGUCCACGGUGAUAAAAAGUAUUCCUGCACCGUCUGUAAGAAAUGGUUUUUCAGGCCCGACACGUUGAAGAAACACGCGGAGAAGCACGGCCACGGGUUGUUGGACAAUUUAGUGGACGAUAACAAGUUCUUCGACUCGGACGACGAUUCCUUCCCGAACACGGCGCAGAAUUUACAAGAAAGCGAGAGCGUUAAAAAGGAGGAGAGCGACGAGGACGGUUCCGGUGAGUACAAAUGCCAGCACUGCGACAAGAUCAUGGCUACGAAAAAAGGCCUCAGGCGGCACGUGUCGAUGCACAAGCCGAAGGCCGAGCCGGUGACCUGCGAGAUAUGCGGCAAAGUGUGCGCCAGCCAGGCUCGACUGGUUCUCCAUCAAAGGACGCACAAACCGAAAGAGAAGGUGCCGCGGGAGUACCUGUGCCACAUUUGCAGCAAAGUGUAUCCUAGCAAUUCCUCUCUGACGUAUCACAUGAGAACUCAUACGGGGAUCAAACCGCACGUCUGCAAGACCUGCAACAGCGGGUUCACCACGACCACGAGUCUGGCGAAUCACAUCAGGAUUCACACAGGCGACAAACCGUUCGUCUGCCACGUCUGCAGCGCGGCGUUCGCCGUCAGCUCGGCGUUCAGACGGCACUUGACCAGACACACCGGUGAAGCGAACUACUUGUGCAAAACGUGUGGCAAGGCGUUCAAAAGACUGAGUACUUUGAAGGAGCACACUUACACUCAUUCCGGCGAGAAACCGUACGUGUGUAAAACCUGCGGAGCCGCGUACAGCCACAGCGGUAGUCUGUUCGCGCAUCAAAAACGCUGCAGGGCUCAGUACGGCGAGAUGGUCGUCGACGAACACCACCACACCGUCACUCAUCAUAUUCAUGUAAAUAAUGUGCAAUCUGCCGUUAGAUCACUCGCUGUGAUUGGACAAAUGUUUUAAAACGACAGGAUUUCGCUUGACGCACUAUUAUCAAAUAUAUAGAGACAAUACCAGUGCCGAUUCAUGGAACGUGUAACGUUAACUGUAGAAAACGUAUAAUUGUGUAAAUACAUGGGCAGCUCUUUUUUUUACAGAAGAAUGUUCGUUUACGUGCUCAUUAUACUUGAUUAUUAUACGUUUCAAUGACUUGCACAGCGGUUGAUCGAGUUAGAAUUCGUGUUAAGGUAUAAAACUUGUCUUCAACAACUUUAUUUAAAAAAGUACAGAUACGAAAUUCGCCUUAUACCUUCGGACGUUCAUAACGACGAUUUACGUUCGUGUCGCCUUCGAAGGAUCUUGUAACGACGCCAAAUGGACGCUCGGGUUCGUUUCAGAACUUUCGCCAGGUCCGCGUACUUUCGUUUCUCAUCCAAAUGCGGAUUAUGCUCCAGAUGGUCCAGGAUCAUCCUAUCCUCGUCCGGAUGAAACCUACAGACAUAGGAAUAAGCAUUAUAUCGAUUGAGAUCAGCAGAAUAAAUUUAUUUAAACUUGCA